GUGAAACACCUCUGAUGUAAAACAUUUCUUUCCUCAUUUUUUGUAGAGACAAAAAGAGAAGAUACAAUUUGCAAUGAUACAGGUUUGUACAUCUUUCAGUUCUGAUAAUGAAACUACACUGAGUGUGAAUCCUCAACAUGGAGAAAUUUGGAAUGAGCUUCGGUGGAGGCCCAAGCAAAAAAGAGCUGCUUGACAUCAUUGAGACCCAGAAAAAGCAGCUUAUCCAGUACCAGACCCGUUUCAAAGACAUUGUCCAGGCUUAUAAGAGUUUACUGAAGGAGAAGGAGGCAUUGGAGGCUAGUCUGAAAGUCCUUACUGUAUCUCAGGAGGACUUGCACAAAGGCCUGCCUUCUGGUGGAAGCAAUGGCCCAACAGAGUGUCCAGUGCCCAGUGAGCUUGCUGAUGAUCACUGUUCAGUUCAUAGUGAAGACAGCCUGGAUACAGCAGCAUCUGUUGACACAGCCGCUGGUGUGAUUAGCAGCAAGACUAAGGGGGAUCCAGCAGAGGAAGAUCAGAACAGCCAUGGAGAAUGUCCCUCCUUAUUACAGCAGUCAGAAAAGGCAAGUGUAUUAGAUAAUCGUGUCCCCUCCAGUAGCAGUACAGCCAUGGAGCAAACUGUUGCAGAAUCAGACCGUCGUGUGAUCCAACUUAAAUCCCAGCUGGCUACUUUGACUAUGUCUCUGGCAACAGUUACACAGGAAAAAUCUAGGAUGGAGGCCUCCUUCCAAGCCGACAAGCGAAAAAUGAAGCAGGAGCUGGAUGAGGCACACAAAAAAAUGGAGGAAGCAUUUAAGCAACACCAGAAUGAGCUCCAGACUUUACAGGAACAGCUAGCAGAGAGCAGGGCACGUGUAAUCACACAGCAGCAUGAGCGUGAGCAGGAGCAAAGUGACCAUGCCCAUAUGCUUCGCGAGCUUCAGAAACUUUUGCAGGAGGAGAGGAGCCUAAGGCAAGAUGUUGAACUUAAGUUGGAGGAUGCAAGGGAAGCCUUAGUGGAAACAAUGCAGGCAGCAGACCGUGGGCUAGAUUAUGAGGAGCAAUUGAAAGCGGUAGCUCAAGAGUGUGAGGCACUGAGAAACAGUCUUGAGGCUGCAGACGCUGAGAGAAACGAGCCCAACCAGAGGGUGGUGAAACUUGAGCAAGAGAUUGCUGAUCUUAAGGCACACUUUAACCAACAGCUUCAGCAGGAAAUUCAGAAGGUUGCUCAAGCAGAAGAGGGCUUGCGAGAGCAGGCACAGCUGGAGGAGCGGCGAGUGGCCAGUCUUGAGGAGCGUGUUUCAGAGCUUUCAGAGCUGUUGGGUGCCUCCGAAAAGGCUAGGCAAAAGGAUCAGCAAAAUGCUCAAAGGCUACGUGAACGCAUUCUUCAGCUUGAUGCAGAGAAUAAGACUUUGGCUAUCGCUGCCAGUACUACCAGGACCUCUUCCUCUGACCUUGACAUUGAUGAAGCAAACCUGGAUGUAAACUCUCUAAGGAACAGGCUGGAGAAGGUAAAGAAGCUGUUGCAACUGGCUGCACAAAGGUCUCCAGACCAAAGUUUGGAAAUUGAAAAACUGCUAGAAGGUAAUACGGGGCAGGAUGGAGAGAAUGUCUCUGUGCAGUAUUACCAGCAAGAGCUGUGGCAGGUGAGGGAGGAAUUUGAGCGAUACAAGGUACGAGCACAGGUUGUCCUGAAGAACAAAAAUGCCAAAGACGGCACCCAGGCUAAGGAGCUCGAGGAGGCCCGUGACCAGCUGUCUGAACUAAAGGAGAAGUACAUAAACUUGCGUGUACAAUUAGAUGAAGCCGAGGUGAGGCACAAACAGGAGGCUGAGGAUCGCCAGCAAGCACUAAUUGCUGUUCAGCAGGCUCAUAAACAUGAUCUGGAAAAGCUGGAGGCUCAACACAGAGAAGACCUUCUGCACCUAGAGGGAGAGCUGCACAAGCAGAGGGAGCGCACCAUGGCCUUACUUGAAGAGAAGGACCUUGAGCUGGAAAAACUGCGAGUCUUUCGAAGCCAGAACAUAAGGGAUAUUGCAUUAGAGAGAGAAGUUGAAAGGGACCUCAAUGUAGAAAGUUGCAAUUCUGGGCUUGAAGAAUGUGAAACAAUUAGUGAAGCACUGAAGUUUGCUGGUUCAAAUGAGCCCACUUUGUUGUUGUAUGCUGAACAGCUGGCUCGAAAUGAGGUUGAAAUCUCCACUCUGCGCAAAAUGAAGCAUCGUCUGGAGGAAGACGUACAUCAACUACAAACCAAAUUAAUUUUUAAUGGAGAAAGGCACGAGGAAGAGGUGGCUAAGCUAAGGGCACAGCUGGAAAAGCAUAUGCGUGACAAAGGCAGAGAGGGAGCCAAUUUGGAAUACCUUAAGAAUGUCAUCUAUAGGUUCCUUACACUGCAGGACUCAAGAGGACGUCAGCAGACACUUACAGCCAUUCUGACCAUUCUGCACUUCAGCCCUCAAGAAAAACAGGCCAUUGUAAAGCAGCAUGUGCAGAGUUGGUGGACGCCUGGAAUUAGAUGAUAGACAGGUGGUAACAAAUAAAUCUUUAUGUCCAGGUAAAAAUCUUCUUAUUAAUUCAUAUACCAACAGUGCAAAUAUUUACACAUAAUGUGACAUUGUACUUGUAAGUAUAAAAAAAGAAUGUAUUUGUAAGCAACUGAUGUUACUGACGAUACUCAUGGUAAUACAUUUUAAUUUGUUUAUACUUAUAAAUACAAAUAAGAAACUAUGUAUUUAUAAGUACAAAAUCAAAUAACAUUGUGUGUAAAUUUAAGUGUAUAUAUGCACUGGAAAUAUUUAUAAAAACAAAAACAUUGAAGUAUGUGCCUCCACUUUCCACUGUGUUAUUUUACAGUAUGCGCCAGAAUGCUUUACUGCUGUUUAAAAUGCUGUCAUUGUUAUAGUUUCGUUGUACAGUAGUAAUUACAUUUUAGUCAUGAUUGUGACACAUUAUUAUCAACUAAUAUCUUUACUGUAGCUCUGUUUUUACUGUAACAGCUGACACAUAGUGUAUGUAUUUUAGCUAAUAAAACGAUUAAAAGCCACUGAACUGCUUUUUAAGAAUACGUAUUAGCAUAUUAAAGCAAAUUCAAUGUACUGAUCAUAUAAUGUGACUAGAAAUUAUUGUUUACGGUAGUUGGCCUAGCUUGCAAACAACUGUCAAGUACAUGUCAGCAGGGAAGGCAGAAUGCCAGCAAAUACCUCUAAGGAUGCCAGUUUAGCCUACACAUAAAGUGCUAUUUAGAAACAGUUCUAUCAUUACUAUCUUUUAGAAUAAAGGCUAAUCUUCUUACGGUUUACACAGAGAUCUAUAAACCUAAAGCCCUAAUUACUGACCCUAACAAUGUUGAUAAAAAAACAAACCUUAAUAUUACAUGUACACCAAAUAGGGGCACAGGUUUAAAUAUGCACCAUCCAUACAUAACUGUGAAGGCUUGGCCACCCCAUGUCUCUUACGUAAUUUUUAUUUUUUAUUUUAAGCUAUAGUCUUUCUGUCCCAUCUUGAUUACAUAUUGUAAUAAAGUGA